AUUUAAGGACAUUAUCACUAUCUGUGCACCCGAGGUUGAUGUCCCAAAUAAUGAUCUUGAGAAGGUUGGGUUUGUUUGUGCACUUUGUAUAUUUUGGUUGGCCAUGAACUGAACAUUGUUGCAUAUCUGCAGCAGUUAUGUCUUUCAGGGAAAAGGUCGAAUCCCUGGAGGAAGUGAAGUAAAUUUCCUUGUGCCAUCUGUGAGCUUCUUUAGUUUCUUACCAUGUAUUCCCUUUCAGUUACUAGAGUUAAAAACAAAAUACUACUCUUGCUAGCAGAGCCAAUACAAGCUAGCAGUUACCAAUACAAGCUAGCAGUUACCAAUACAUGGAUAUAUGUAUCUUGCCUGCUGGAUCUGCUCUUUUCUGCAUCCCUGGGCAGAAGGCUAUCACCUUGAAGUCUUCUUUAGUUUGUCUCGAAUUUAUGGCAAAUGGUGGUUCCUUCUUUUUACUGUCGCUGUCUAGUUUGUUUUAUCACUAUCUCUCUUCAAGUCUCGUCGUUAUAUCUGAGUCCAGCAUGACGGCCGACAGUGUUGUUCUUCAGUCUAAUUUAGCGAUAGUCAUCUGAACUUGCAAAUCUACAACACUUGCGACUAAUGCUACUGUCUCUUUAUUAUUCCAAGAGUUUAGCAGUGAAAUAUGUUGUUUGGUAUAUAAUCUUGUUGUUAGCCUGUUUGGAAGUUUGAUAAAAUGCAUGGAGCUUGUAGUGUAGUGCUGCUUGGUUAUGUUGUCACAACUCACAACACGAGUAUGCAUACAACUGAUCUUCUUGCGCCAACUUGCAAUGAGAAGCUGUUUUAAGCUGUACUGUACUUCUUUGUUUCAGAAUGUACUUGUUCCAUUCAUAAGUUUGGUGUAGAAAGCAGUAUUUUAUUACUACUGGCAAAAUAUUCCUUUUUUGUGCAACUCGGCCUAAAAAUGUCAGAUAAAGAAAUAAGUUUUCCCAAAAGGAUUUUAACUAUGACCUGCUUGACAACUUAUAAUUUGCACAAACAUUAUCCUGCAUAGUUUGUCCUUGGUCUGAAAACGUAAAUCCUGAUGUUGUAUUUCGAAUCAGGUUGUUGUCUGUAUCAUAUGGAUAAUAUGCACAGGCAAGAUGCUGUUAUCCGUUUUACAUCAAGUAAGUUUUCACUGCAUUUUGUUUUUGUUGCUUUUCAGAAUCCCUAAACCAUCUAGAUGUAGAGCAAAGCUAGGAUGAUGAAGUAAGAUCUUCAGCAAUCACCAAGGCUGAUCACUAUCUUUUUUUGAUGACUUCAAAUUUUUCAAGGAGUGCACAGCGUACAAGGAUAUGUGGGCGUCAAAGUUUUGUCUGGCUGCGGAGAGAUGCCUGGAGUUCCAUUACAGUGCAGGUUGUUGCCAGGAUCAUAUGGACAAUAUGUAGAGUCACACUGCCGUUAUAUGUUUUCCUUCCAUUGACGACUUCAAAUUAUUCAAGGAAAGCAUGGCGUACAAGGAUAUGUGGGCAUCCAAGUUUCAUCCAAUGGUGGAGAGAUGCCUCGAGUCGCAUUUGGUUGGUCGUCAACCCUGUCCUCGUGGGCAACCAGCUGAUGUAGACCUCUGAGCCGUCGUGCUCUGAACCUGAACCUGAACUGGAUCGGUCUGUAUGUUUUUUGAGUUGUUCAAAGAAAGAGAUGCUGAAACGGAACCUCCGUCAGUCAGUGUGCUUACAGGGCUUGGUUUCUGUAGAUUUUGAACCGGAGGUGGAAGAUGACAUUAUCCCUCUCUUUUCGGAGGGGCGAGGUAAUGUAAUCUGCACAUCUCUCUAGCGGACAGCAAGCGCUAUGCUUGAUUGUGUCGCGGUCCGAUAUGUGUUUGCCUUGUGAGAUGCAGGUGUUGUGUCGAAGUUUCAUCCGGCCGUGGCCGCGGAGAGAUGAUGUCUUUGCAGAUUAAUUUUUUUAUGUGGUUUGUCCACAAGCAAGUAAUACUCACAAAGGACAACUUACUUAAGAGGCGAUGGGUAGGCAACUCGCGGUGUUGUUUUUGUGCUCCGGAUGAGACAAUACAACAUUUAUUCAUUGAAUGCCCACUUGCCAAGUUACUUUGGAGAACGAUUCAUAUAGCUUUUAAUAUUAAUCCCCCAGUAGAUAUUGCGUCUUUGUUUGGGACGUGGUUAGCUGGGUUUGAACAGAUCACGGCAGCUCGUAUUUGGAUUGGAAUAUGUGCGUUACUAUGGGCUAUAUGGAACUGCAGAAAUAAUAUGAUUUUUAACAGACAAAACAACUUAACUUUUUUGCAGGUUAUCUUCAGAGCUACAGUUUUGGAUCCGUACGUGGUCCUUACUCACUCUUAUGGACUCCAGGGAGCCUUUGGUUACUGGGUGCAACCAAUGGGAGAUCGUGGCUCGGGCUAUAUUCAACCGGUUCAGAUGGCGUUCGCAUAACAGGAUAUGGGGCUAGAGAGCUUGUCCUUGUUAUCACCAUAUCGGUUGUUUUU